AUGUCGGCGAAAAAGAGCCAGUCGCCGGCACAGGAUUCGCUUGCCAGUCCCUCACCGCCGGUGGUCACAUUCCUCCGGCUGGGCCAAAAGAAUCACUCGCAGUGGAAUGCCCUGGGCUCUGCCUCUUUUGUCCUCAUUUCGGGCGGCAUGAGUCUGGCCUGGGGCGCAGGAUUUGCGGUGCAUUCCGCCCAUCGGGAUCAACUCCUGCUCACGGUGCAUAUGCAGGUGGCCUGGUAUGCCACCGCCACCCUGGGAGCCAUUUUCGGGGCCUUUUACACCCACCGACUGCCCCAGCAGCCGAUAUAUAUCCUUGGCUCCUGUCUGGUGAUAGCCUCUGGCAUACUGUUCCUGGCCUGGCCAGAGAGCUCUUGCGCGGUGAUCGCUGCCCGGUAUCUGGAUGGACUGGCCAAUGGGCUCGUCUUUGUGCCCGCCCUGAGCACCGUGGGUGAGAUUGCGGUGAAUGGCAUCCGGGGACUCCUGGCCUCCACGGUGGAGCAACUGGCCACCAACACGGGCAUCCUGAUGCAGUUGAUCUACACGGCAGUGUGGCGAACGGAGUGGAACGUGGCCAUUGUGGCCGAUCAGGUGCACGGAGUGCUCUCCAUUAUCUACGGCGUGAUAGCCCUCGCCUUGGCCCUGACCCUGUGUGUGGAGUCGCCGGUGCACCUGUUGAUGCGAUCCAAUGAGCAGCGAGCGGUGGUCUCGCUGAGGCACCUGCAGCGGCCCUACAUGGUGACCAGCGAGACCCUGCUGCGGCUGGACGAGCACAAGUUGUAUGUGGCCGCCAGUCGUGAGAUGUGCUGGUGGCUGAGUCUGCAGAAGGGACUGCCACCUUUGCUCAAGAUCCUGGCCCACAGGCUGCUGGGCUCCCUGUGCCUGAACCUGGUCAUCUGGAGUGCUCUCUUUGAGACGGCCAGCCAGCUGGUGAGCAGCUUCCAGGCCUGGCCCUAUGUGGUCUUCGGGGUGCUGCGGUGGUGCGGAUGCUUCUGCGUGGUGCUCCUGAUGGACACCACCGGGCGCAAGAAGCCCACUCUCUUUGGCACCUUCUCCACCGGCUCCUUUGCCUUUGCGUUUGCCAAUCUUUUUGGACGCACUCCGCACAUGAUUGCCGCUCUGGUGGUGCUCCUGAGCCUGCAGUUCUUUGCGGGAUUGGGUCAGUGUGCCUCGGCGGUGUACCUCACGGAGGGAUUUCCCUUGGCCGUAAAGCCACACCUGGUGGCUGUGGUCUAUGUGAUGGAACUGAUUACGCGACUGCUGCUCUGCAGUUUUGCUCCCUCUCUUGAUUGGAUCGCAGCCUACUUCCAGGUGCUCGGUGGCCUGUCCAUGGUGUUCUUUCUCCUGGGAAUCUUCUGCCUGCCGGAGACGAGGCUCGUCACUCUGGCGGAGGCACAGCAGAAGUUUACCAAGUGGUUCAACAAGGACUUCUAAGCGUUCAAUAAAUAAAUAUGACAGCAAACU